AUGGAUCAACCCCAAGUCCAUAUAGAUAGCAACCCCGACACAGCAAACGAGACGAAACGAUCCGACCGCGGCAAAACGUUCCGCAUCCGAGCUGUGCCCAUAACUUGGGAUUCGAACCGACUGGCAUCCUUUCUACGGGAUUCCACCGACGAUACACACCCAACCGUGCUAUCACUGGCUCCCGAAAUCCAUGGGCGGACACAAACAGCCACUGCCACGUUCUUACGAGUCCCGCCGCUACCACGAGGCGCAAAAUCCUGGCGCAUCCCAUUACCAGCCGGGAAUCAACUCCAAAACAAACGGCAAAAGUCAAUCGAGCUCGAUGGCGACUUCCUCGGGGUCACGACCUUGUACCACCCCCCACCACACGAGCACCAGACCGAUAUUGUUGCAAUAUCCGGUAUCGGGGGACAUGCGUUCGGCUCGUUCAAGGAGAGAGGCGGCGAUUAUAUGUGGCUACGAGACGGCCUGGCCGAUGACUUGACGACAGCACGGAUCAUGAUUUAUGGUUAUAAAUCGACAAUCCCAAAUAGCAAGAGCAUGCAAAAUCUAGCAGAUCUUGCAUUAUCAUUUUACAGUUCACUUGAGUCGCUCAUUGGUGACGAAGAGCCCAAGCCAAUCGUUUUUAUUGCACAUAGUCUAGGCGGCCUAAUCGUUAAAAAAGCCUUGUCAGAAUUAGCAAAGUCUGAAAAUGAGGUCCAUGUGAGGCUCAUCCAAGCAGUGCACGGGCUUGUCUUCUUCGGGGUGCCCAACGAUGGCAUGGACAUCAAGUCCCUGAUCCCAAUGGCAGGAGAUGGGCCGAACCGGUCACUCAUCGAAUCCCUCAGCAGUAGCAACUCAGAUGUUUUGCGUACUCUGCAUCAGGAAUUCCACGAUAUCUUGGGCUCAGGGCGGAUGAUACUAUGUUUUUAUGAAACAGAGUUAUCCCCGACAGCCCAAAUGGACGAGAACGGCAAAUGGAGUAUGAGAGGACCGGAAACAGUGCUGGUUACCCAAGCAUCCGCUAUAAACUGCCGCCGCUGGGAAACCGGCUCUGCCUAUAUAUGUCCAAUCUCUCGUAAUCACUCUGACAUGGUCAAGUUUGAAGAAGAAGAUGAGGAGUAUGAAAAGGUCCGCGGAAGGAUCAGGAAUAUUGUGAGAAAAGCCAAGAUCCAUCCACCAGUCUACAAUGUCAGAAGUCGUGCCAUCUAUGAUGAUGCAUAUUCUUCCAACCCACCGUUGGUUAUGAGGACAAACCAAUUCACCGACACGCAAGAUACACCUACGCAAAUCCAUAGUGGAGUCAACGAAUUUGACGGACGCCAUACCUCACAAGACCUAUCUUAUACACAAAAGCAAGAAGAUGAAACUCACCAGGCAGAAAAGGACGCCUGUCUCCGGUCUCUUGGAUUCUCUCGCAUAGAUGACCGGUACCAUGCCAUAGACGCUGCCCACCCUGGCACGUGCGAGUGGCUUUUCGAAACCCCGUCGUUUCAGAGGUGGUGGCAUCGCGAUGAAAUCGAGCUAAAUAACGGAGUCCUGUGGAUUAAAGGCAAACCAGGAGCGGGGAAGUCAACCUUGAUGAAGCACAUCCUACACUGGUGUGAAAAUCCGGAUCACUUGAAACCUAAGUUGAUCAUCCGAUAUUUCUUCAACGCACGAGGGGUUUCAGAGGAAAAAUCAGUUUUGGGGAUGCUGCGUUCAAUGGUAAAUCAACUACUUACCGAGGACUCGACUAUAUUCGACAACUUCUUCCAGAUCUUCAGACAGCGGGAUGCGAAUAAACAAGACUGGGUUUGGGAAGUGGCCCCAUUGACCAACUUCAUUCUUGAAUUGGCCAAGAACAAAGCCGCUAGGCCUAUGGUUAUCCUCAUCGAUGCAUUGGAUGAGUGCGAUGAAAGUGACGUAAGGCUUGUUGUUGACUUUCUUGAAAAUCUGAGUUGCCACGCGACCUACUCGGGGUUUGAGCUGAGAAUAUGUCUGUCGAGUCGACAUUACCCCAACAUCACCAUGAAUAAGAUGGUUCAGUUAAUUGUGGAGACGGAUCAGGGACAUGAAAAUGAUAUAUCGACGUAUAUCAAAGCCAAGCUCCGAGUUCAAGAUGACGGGGUCCAGGAGAAGGUCCAGAAAAAAGCAGAUGGCAUUUUCAUGUGGACUGUCUUGGUUGUGUCAAUCCUCAAUAAGGAGUUUGACCAAGGCUCUCGGGAGAUAUUAGAAAAGACUCUGGAAGACGUUCCUGGAGAUCUAGAGGAAGUCUUUGCUAAUCUUCUGUUAGAAGACGGAAAGGCUGACCCGGAAACUGCGCUCAUGUUUCAAUGGGUGCUUUUCAGCCAAAAACUAUUGAAGCCUCAAGAACUAUUUCUUGCAACUCAGAUGGGGUUAUCCCCAGAUUCUGAUGGAGUAUGGGAUAACUCCAAGUACACUCUGGAUUAUAUCAAACGUCGCAUUGUUUCCAUUUCGAAGGGCCUCAUCGAAGUACGAAGUGGCAGCAAUAAAGACGACGACCCGUAUGUCCAAUUCAUCCAUUUAUCGGUAAAAGACUUUCUUUCUCGGAACAAUAGGCUACAGGCACUGGAUCCUACAAUUGGCCACGAACCCGUCCGCCUCAGCCACCGUCGACUGUGGAGGAUCUGCUGGGAUUGCAUCAACCGGUUUCAUGCCCAGAACGCAGAUUUCAGCAAUGAAGACCCUUAUUUUGAGGCUAAGCUUAGCUCUCCAUUCAUCAAAUACGCAGCGAGUUAUUUGUUCGACCAUGCGAACUGGGGAAUAUCAGACCAACAGAAGAGCUCCGGGGGGUGGUUCCAGAACCCAUUUAAAUCGCGUAACCAAGAUGCGAGCAAAGAGGAUCUUGAGAAAUGGCUGAACGAACAUAAAAGCUGGUACGAAUUGUGGCAGAGAAGUCCCAGAUACCAGUCCGGGCUCAAAUUCCAAUUGGAUGUAUCAGAGGGGAUUGUGUACGUCUUCUCUGCAGGUGGAUAUGCCCAACUGCUCAGACCACUCUUGAAGCGAAAGUCUAUCGAUGUUCGCGCCCAGAGUGCCUACCAUGGAACCCCACUACAUGCUGCCUCCUAUUUUGGCCACAUAGACAUUGCACAGAUACUGCUUGGUGCAGGUGUUAACGUCAAUACGCAGGGGGGUAGAUAUGGCAGUGCACUACAGGCUGCCUCUACUGGAGGAAACAAAGACAUCGUACAGCUUCUGCUAGAUGCAGGUGCUGAUGUCAAGGCGCGAGGUGGUCGAUAUGGCGGUGCACUACAGGCUGCUUCUUUUAACGGAAAACGAGACAUUGUGCAACUCCUGCUUCAUGCAGGCGCUGAUCUGAAUGCCGUAGGUGACGAAUAUGGCACUGCACUAUACAGCGCCGCCUACUCUGGUCAUAUAGAUGCAGCAUUGCUCCUACUGGAUGAAGGCGCUGAUGUUAACACGCAGGGUGGUAAAUUCGGCAACGCACUACAGGCUGCCUCUAGGAAAGGAGCACAAGACAUUGUAGAGCUACUGCUAAAUGUAGGCGCUGAUGUCAAUGCCCAAGGGGGUAAAUACCACACUGCCCUGCAGGCUGCAUCCAUCGACGAGACGGAGAUCGUGAAGGUACUCUUGGAUGCAGGCGCAGAUGCCAAUGCUCAGGGUGGCCACUAUGGGAACGCACUUCAGGCUGCCUGUUAUCAUGGAGCAACAGAAAUUGUGCCACUGUUACUGGCUGCAGGCGCCGAUGCUAAUGCCAAAGGUGAAUUUGGCACUCCAUUGCAGGCUGCCGCCCAGUAUAUAAGGGUUGUUGGAGCACGAGAAAUGGUCAAACAGUUGUUGCUGGAUGCAGGCGCUGUCCAAGACGCCGCGUCUUCUCGUGGAAAAGUUGGCGGAAGGAAAAAGGUGAAACCUCUUGUAUUGAUUAAAUAG